AUGGUACUCGCUAACGCUGCCGCAUUACAAGAUAUGCUCUCGACUAUGGAAGCGAUGCAGGAAUUGAUGGAUAUUGAGGAAAGCCAGCCAAGAAGAUCAUAUGUCCGAGAAGAACACGUGCCUUUCCUUGAGUCCCGCUUCCGCAACUUCGAUUCCUACAUUACUACCCACAACCCGGAGAAUUUCGCACACUUCACAAGGCUGUUCCCUAGUGAAUUCCAGGACUUAUUUGAGCGCCUAGGACCUCAUCUUCAACAUGAGCCGUUCCAUGCGGCUCCUAUCAGUGGACAACGCAGACUUUUCGUCUACUUGAGUGCUGAAUGUCCACUCAUUAGAUUUGUCGGACACGGUUACGCAUAUGGAGCUCUUGCGGAAGAGCUCAACAUCGGAAAACAGACCGUGUCUGUGACGACAAUGCGAUAG